AAAAUGCGAUUAAUUUAUUAGAAAAAAAAAAAAUUUUCUUAUCUGUGUAAGUCUCGACAUGUUGACUGUGUGGAUACCUAUUAUUGUCAUUUAUUUAAUUAGGAUUUCGGUAUUCGGUCUAACGCCAGAUGAGAUCGAAGCACAAAGAAGUGGGUGGAAUGUUGACCCUAACACCCAAUAUCAUAUCCAAACUGAUGAAGGUCCAGAGAGAUAUUUUCGAUUUCAAACACUUAAUGGCCAAUUUCGAAAGGAAAAAAGACUUGAAGAUGGUACUGUUAUAGGAACUGAAGGAUGGCUUGAUCCUCUAGGGUAUUUAAGAAUUAAAGAUUACAUUGCAGAUCGUGAAGGCUUCAGAAUACUUAAGUCCAAAAUGAUCUUUGUUGGCAAAGACAGACCUAUUGAGGAUGCAGUUGCUGCAAGCAAACGAGUACCACCAACAAGUGGAAUUUUAACAACUCCCAGGCGACCUCCAAAUCCAUUUAGACAAUCUUCCUUACCUGAAAUAUCAAGCAAUAGUAUUGAGUCCAACACAAUAAAACCUCUGCAAGAAUUUUCACCAUUAGAUUCUACGAAAAGAUAUAGUUCAUCAUCAACAACACCAUAUCCAAAACCGAGUUAUUUUUCAACAACUAUAGCACCUAUUGCUAUCACCAACGGAAUACCAAAACCAAUUGCUGGAUAUAUUAAACCAAAUUAUCCUCGACGAUCAGGCUUUAGACGUCCUUAUUACCGGAAGCCUUAUCCAUUUGCUUCACCAGUUCAAUCAACGAUUGCAGCAAGUCAAUUUAAUCAACCUGAAUCUAUAAAAGUGACUCCAGAAUCUUCUUACGGUGUUUAUAGGCAUGAUAGUAGACGAUAUAGAGCAGCUCUUGCUUCAGAAAAAUUUAACAAUACUAGACAAAUCAGGUCGCGGCGACCUAAUCUUCCAAAUGAAAGGUCAGAUAGUCAGACAAGUGGAAAUAAUCCUGUUUUCUUUGUGAACAGUCCGAAUAGUCGAAAAGCUCGUAUUGCACAAGGUUCCAGAGAUUAUGAUUUUCCACCCUAUGAUGGAACUCAUACGACAUCUGAUGGGUUUCAAUAUUAUUUAAAAACCCAUUAUCAUGAAGAAGAGCAGCAACCUGAUAAAAGUAUUGGCUCAUUUGGUUAUAUUGAUCCUUUUGGGAUCAGGCGAGUGGUUUAUUACAAAGCUGAUGGACAAGAUGGAUUUUUUCAUAAAAAGAAUAAUCGAUACGUAGGAUUUGAUGCUACUCCUUAUGAUCCAGUGCCACCUAAGACGAAUUGAAAAUAUAUCACAGGAAGCCAUUUACGUGAAUUUCAGUCAAAAGCUUCCUUUCCGUCCUAAAUGCCUUAUAAAAUAAUAAUAAGUUCAUUCGACGUGCCAGUCGAUGGUUUUACGUGUACGUAAGACAAUCGUAUGAAUGCAUAGCUUGUAAGACCUUUUUUUAGCUUCAAGUUCACAUAAUCAUUAUUUAUCUUUAUAACAAUUUCAUCAAUCUCAUAAUUGUCUAAUUUUUUUUUAACUAUAUUUUGUCAUAUAUGCUUUACAAUGCAAUGUUGAAGGUUAACAGAUAAGGUGCUUGAAAUUGUCUUGAUGUUAUUUCUUAAAACUGACAGACCCAAAGAUAGAAUUGACGUAAAGCUGAGUGUAACGGUAAAAUAAGUGGAUCAAGAUUAUGACAUAUUUAAUAACGUGGGAAGUCGACAGUUUACAACCGGAUUUAACAAACUACCUACACUUACUUCAUAUUAAUAGUUAUCUUUUUUACAUUUCAUUUUACAUCAUUCAAUGUUGGAUUAAAGAUGCUGAUACUUAAAAAAGAUAUACGUGUCAAGUAAAUGUUUAAAAAUUGUUUAAAUUUGUCUCCAAGUAAGAUUAUCGUCAUAGUUUUAUCCAUAUUUGAUUAUUUAUUGCGUAUGAUUAUUUUUUCCUAUGCAAAAAGCAUACAAAAAUGCUGUACAAUAUUCAUUGUAAAAUAUUUAGCAACGUACAAAUAAGAAAAAUAAUUGUGUUGAUUAUAUUCCAACCACGUACAUAAAAGGAUGAUUUAUUUUACACGUGCAUCCACUUGAAUAAAAAUGUGUUAUUGAAUUUAUAACGCAAAAAGUUCUGAUAAAAAAUAUAUUAUUAAUUUAUCUAUUUGUAUAGAACGGUUCUAAAAAGUGUUUUUGAAUUUUUCUUUUCAUUAUUUCAAACUUUAUGUGCAAAUGAAUGAAUGAAAGUGUGAUAAUAUUAAUUAACUUUGUGACAAUGAACUAUGGAACAUUAUUUAAAAAUUAAUAAUUAGCUGUUAUUAAUUUUUUUAUUAAUAUUAAUUAAUGAUUAUUAAUUAUUUAAUAAAAUGGUGCUGUUAUUGCUCUGAUGAUCACAGUUCAUUCAAGUUUUGGUGAAUUUAUUGGAAUUUUUUCCAUUUACAUGGUUAUGGCUAAUAAACAAUAAUUUUAUAAGUUAUUAAUACUUUUAAGAUAACAUUUUAAUGCACUUUGGCCUCAGAGCAACACAAUUAAGUACCUGUAAUUAAACUAGAU